ACCCUCCUUUUUCAUUCCCCAUUUGGCCUCCUCUCUCUUAACACACUCACUCAACCCAAUCGCUCCUCUCUCUCUCUCUCUCUCUCUCUUUCUCUGCUCCAUCUGCAGAGAUGCCACUUUUCACUAACUUUCCAUUCAAUGCUUCAUCCCCAGAAAAAGCUCUCUUCACUUCCUCUUUUCCUGCAUUAAUUUGCUGGCCAGUACUACUAGUCUCUGCAAAGCUAUGCAUUUUCUUCUGAUUCUUUCUCUAUCUUUCAACCCUAUAUAGCUAGCUAGACGGAUCCUACCAAAACCCUAGCUUUAAUAUUCAUCCUACUUUCUCUUUCUCAUGCAAAUCAUAAACCACUCAUUACAUAAUCACUACUCGCCCUCUUCUUCUUUCUAAUAAUCUAUAUCCUUUCUUAAUUUCUCUAAGCAUAUAUAAUUUAUUGUUUGGUUCCUCCAUGAGAAUUGGUUCGGCUUUGCCUGACCUCUCUUUGCAGAUCAGCCCGCCAUUCAGUGAACGGAGCUCGACGACGGAUUCCGGCAGCAGCGGGAGCGAUUUGAGCCACGAAAACGUUCUUUUCCCGCCGGAGAGGGGGCUCCGCCGCGGUUCCAUUGAGCCCAGUUUGAGUUUAGGGUUCGAGAUGGAAGCUUUGAAUCGUCUUCCUCCACAUAUGCCAAGAGAUCACCUGCAACUUCAUCAUCAUCAACAUCACAGCUUCCAACCCCACAUCUAUGGCCGCGAGUUCAAGAGAAAUUCGAGAGUGAUUCAUGGAGUUAGGAGGAGCGUUAGGGCGCCCAGAAUGAGAUGGACUUCGACUCUCCACGCCCACUUCGUCCACGCAGUGCAGCUCCUCGGCGGCCAUGAAAGGGCAACUCCGAAAUCUGUUCUAGAGUUGAUGAAUGUGAAGGAUCUAACCCUAGCUCAUGUGAAGAGUCACCUGCAGAUGUACAGAACAGUGAAAAGCACUGGCAAAGCAUCAGGAGGUCAUGGUACAACGGAUAGGGGUUUGGACCAGAAGACAGGGAUGGUUGAAGUUCGGGGAGGAGGAUUAAUGUGCUGUGAGAAAGCUGAAUCCGACGCUUGUUAUACUUCUCUCAGCCCAUCAGUACUGCUGCCGCAACAAGACAACAGCAGAGGUACGAGGUCAAUAUUAACGGAAACAAAUGGGUGUUACCAGUACUCGAUCCAUGAUAAAGCAUUAUGUCUUGCUCAUUUAGAGGUGGAUGGAAGCGAACCAGAGCCAGUGUCCCAGAAUAAGAAGGAGAGUUUGGAGAGUAUCAUGAUCAGCUCGUCAUCGUCGUCUUCAUCGGAUCAUCAUCAGUUGCUGAAUCUAGAGUUUACUCUUGGAAGGCCAAGUUGGCAAAGGGACUAUGCUACUGCUACAUCUUCAAAAGACUUGACUGAUCAUCAUCUCCACUGUUAAUUAAGUUGUGGAUGUAGUAGUGUUGGGAGCCUCAUCGAUCAAAGUGCACGCAACCAAGUUAAGUGAAGAUAAGAGUGCCCUAAUUUCUAUCGUGGUUUCUGGCAUUAAAAACUAUUUUUAUUUCUUUCACGUGUGGAAAUCACGAGAAUAUAUAUAUAUAUAUAUAUAUGGUUGCAAUAUUAUAUAUAUAUAUAUAUAUUUAGAGCCCACAAGUAGUAUUUAGUCUAGGCCAUGGAGGAAGGCACCGCCGAUUUAAUUUGUUCUAUAUGAGUGGCCCAGUUCUGGGAAGAAAUCAAUUAAGCUGGGAAUUAAUGGUACGAUUGUGACGAAUCAUGAAAGAAUCGGUUUAAGGAUUAUUUGCCCCCACAAAGUAAG